AUGGUGGAGGCCUUGAUAUGUAGCCAAAAUUGGCUUAGGAGUGAAAAUGUGUAUUUACAUCAUGUGCCUACUAUUAAGGAGAUGGAAUUGUGUGAAGAAGCAGAAAGAGAAUUGCUUAAGAUGCCAUAUGGAGCUGCAGUGGGAAAUAGUCGGAGGGGUAUGUUACCUCCAAAACUUCCUGUCAAGUCUUUGCUACAAUUUAAAUCUGUGCGCAAGUCAUGGCUGUCCUUAAUCUCAAGUACUGAAGAGUGUGUUGAAGUAAAAGAAGGCAAUGGUGAAGAUAGUCAUAGUUUACCGCUGUUCCAUGGAUUUGGUUAUGACUACAAUAGUGACGACUACAAGGUAAUAAGUGUGCUUUACCAGUCGAAAACUGCAACUUUUAAAUCAAUGAUCUACACAUUAAGAACAAAUACUUGGAGAAGGAUUCAAGACUAUCCUCUUAGUGCCAGUCUGACUAAGAAGUGUGCUACUUUUGUAAGUGGAGCUCUAUAUUGGUUGGUGAGAAGAAUAGUAAAUAUUGACGCGGUCACUAAGGUAAUUAUUUCUCUUGAUCUAAUAAGUGAGGCAUACAUGGAAGUGCCACAACCUGAUUAUGGAACAAAUACAUGUUAUGAUCAGUACGGAGUGGGUGCUUUAGAAGGGUGCUUGUGCCUACUAGUUUGCAACAUAACUAGUCGUGCUCAGAACGAACUAUGGGUGAUGAAGGAAUAUGGGGUGAAAGAGUCUUGGACUAAAUAUCUCACAAUCCCACAACCGUUGGGAUGUGAAUUUUUGAUAACCUUAUCACGAUGA